CAGGUGUUUGUGACUAGUCACUGGCGUCAGAGUUCCACAGAAUUCGCUACGGUGCUUGUGGCAGGCAACUGGCAGUUAUCUCUGACAAGGACAAGGGACGUUAUGGCAGUUUUGUGCGCCACUUCGAUUGGACGAUUUCAAAUCUAACAUAACCCGAUUCUGUGCAUAAACACUCGCGAGUUGCGGGAGUCGUUAUUAGUUUUGUCUACCUUAUUUUCUAUUUUAUUUUACUUGUAAUUUUGACAGUUCGUGUGUACAUCUUAUACAUUUGAGUCGAAUAUCGUCUAAAUAUUGCAAUAAUCAUCGUCAAAUUUGAUUCUGAGUUGUGCCAGAAUGAUGUGACCGAAGAAAAACUAACGAGAAAUUUUUAUUGUGCAUUGCUAUUAAAAAAGUCAUAAAAUGGCUUUGAAUAAAAGUCUGAAACAUACUCCAAGCUCUCGAUGUAGCUACUUCAGUGAUAUUACGGCUUCAACUGGCAAGCAGACGAGUUUUCUAGUUCCUGUCAGAAUUAAAGUAAACCAGACUCCUAGUCAAGGCCCCUUAUCAUGCGAAAAAAAAAAUCCUUCUAAAAUGCUUCAACCAGUUUUAAUAAAAAAUUUGUUUCAAAGCACUCAAAAAGAAAAACAAAAUACAGCACUUACAUCAGCUUCAACGCAAAAGAAAAGGAGGCAAACUCAAAGGCAGACUCAGGCAUUUUUAAACACUCAAAGUUGUCACAAACCAAAGCCCGAUGAAACACAAGAAUCAUCAUUCUUUUCUCGAAAAUCACAAGGUGGGACAAAGGUGCGAAGACAAUUGUAUCAAAAUUUGGAUUCUCCUAAAGAAUCGGAUUGCAAAGAAAACACAAUCAAACCAGUUCGAAUAAAAACAAGGACACAUAAGCAAUCAGAAGUACCCGCUGCAAGAAAAAGUAUUGCUGCUGUCCAAAACAAAAAUAGAACAAGUUUACUUUUACCUCCAAAUAGUAUUAAAAAUACUAUCAUCAAUAAUUCCGGAUCUAAAUUUAAAGCACCUAUUAGUAGACAAAUUCCCAAAAAUAAUUCCACAAUAAAUAGAAAUACUGAAAGCAUUGUAAAUGCUUCUGAAGCACAAUCGUCACAAAGGAAUGAGACUUUAACUAAUUCAGUAAAAGCAGUUGAGGAAAUAGAAAUGGAGUUAGAUAUAAAAGAAAACUCCGCUACAUCCUCUCAAAUGAGUAAGACAUUCAUGAGCAAAAGUCUAAAUAAUUUAAAUCAAUUUGGUAGACCAACAGUGAUAAUCAAUGGAUUAAAAACUAAUUUGGUAAAUGACGGAGACCCCCUUAGUUUGGGUUUAAAAAAUUUGACUAUGCAAGAUCCAAGCUGCUCUUGCAAUUGUAAAAAAUCAGAGACUUCAUCAAAUAAAUUUGAUCUUUUAAAACUAAAUGAUUUAAGUGAAGGUACUAAAAAACAGUUUGUAUCUCAUCUUGAGUCAUCCAUUAAAGCAUGCAAAGAACAAUCAUCUAUGUUAAGACAAUCUUUGGAAAUAUGUGAAAAUCAACGUACAUCUUUGGAAGAAAUAUUAAAAUUUAUCACUAAUAUAAGCACUUCAUCGCUGCUUGCGAGUGAUAAAUUUCAGGGUAAUAAUGAUUCAACAAACAAUUUAAAUUCUAGUUCAACAAUUAUUACUGAUGUUAAUUUAUCUCAUCCUGACGAAUUGAGCAAGUGUGAAUCAACCAAACUUAUUCCAUCAAUUAAUGCCGAUGAAUCAAAUACCUUGUUCAGCAAUUGUAAUGAAAAACAAAGCAGUAGCAUCAAUGAAACAGCUACUCUUGUACCAAAGGUCAUUCAAGAUCUUGAAAAUAAGCCAGCUACUGAAGAAAUUGAAAAUGCAUCAAAGAUACCAGUUUUUCCUGCUAAAAUUUUGGUAUCUGAUUUUAAUCAGGAAUCCAAAGAUACAACUAUGGAAUUAUCAGAUGAAAUAGUUCGGUUAUCUACCAUUGGUGAAGUGUCUUAUGAAGUUGAUCUAUCAGAAAAAGAUGAUGCCUCAAACAAAGAAAAUUUCAACAUUUAUCAUGAUUCAUCCAAUCAAUCUAUAGGAUUAAAAACACCCAAAACUCCAAGGCGUAAAUCAAGUUUAAAUAUAUAUAGAGAUUCACCAAGGCGAUCUUCUAGAUUAGCAGAAAAACGUAGGUCUCUUUCUUUACAAGAACAAAGUUAUUCUAAAGAAGAUAGUUUUGAAAAGUUGGAAAAUGAAUUGAAUGUAGAAGUACGUCCUAAGUACAAUUCAAUAUCAUCCAAAUCGCUUCCUGCAUCACCUAUGAAAGGUUCUACAACUCCCAUGCAAUGGGAUAAAAGAGUUGAGAAACCACUCCAAGAAUACAUGGCUAUGAAAAUGAAUGGAACAUUUCUUGUAACUCCAGAUGUGAAAAGAUUUCAAUCGUUUUUAGACCCUAGUGAUACCCCUCAACAUUCUAGAAAAUCUUUAUCAAGAAAAAUUUUCAUGGAAUUAUGUGAUUUAUAUGCAGAAUCACCAGAAUCUAAAUAGAGGGUUGUCAUUAAUAAAUUUCUAGAAAAAAUUGUAUCGAAAAUUGCCUUUCAUGAAUUAAUCAAAGAUUAAAGAAAGUUUUAUAUGCUGGCUAAGUUAGUUUUCAAUCAUCCUAAUUAAUUGAUUGAAUCAUUUGAUCAGGUUCGAAUUCUCAAUUAUCUUCUUUUUGCUUGUUGAAUAAGAUAUUUUUAUAAAGAUGUAAAUAAUUUUGUAUUAAUGGUAGAAA